AUGUCCGCCCCUCCAAUCCCCAAACCAUCCUUUGAGUCCGAUGAUCGUCCCGAUUCUAUGGCAAGCAUGACUCAGUCUUCGACGAGCCCCGGAGGAAUCGCAUCCAGAGAACCGCGCGCGCGCAGUCCGCGCCGGAAAUCUAUACAGUUCAACGUUGGCUCGGCUGAGGCGCAGCUUCCUUCGAGGUCGUUGAGUUUCAAGGAGAAGCGGAGAUCGCAAGGGGAUGGUGUGCCGAUCAGAGAUCCAGAAGUGGAGAGGGAACAGAGGUUGUCUGUCAGUCGGGGAUUAUCUCCGCCGCCGCCGAAGACUUAUGAGCGCGGUGUCUCGUUUGAUACCUUUGAUAAUCGCGAUGCGGCGGAUUUCUCCUUGACAAUGAAUUACAAGCAUAAGGGGUACCAGAGUACACGGCGGAGUCGGACUUUUCUGUGCGGGACAGACCAGAAUGAGUAUUCUGAGUUUGCGCUGGAAUGGCUCCUGGAUGAACUUGUUGAUGAUGGUGAUGAGAUUGUUUGUCUUAGGGCUGUGGAGAAGGAUUCGCGCAUGGCGAGUGAUGCUGCGAUUGAGGCGCGGAAGUAUCGACAGGAAGCUGAGCGAUUAUUUGAGCAAGUCAUUCAGAAAAAUAGUCAGGAUGAAAAGGCGAUCAGUCUGGUUCUGGAAUUGGCAGUGGGGAAAGUGGAGGAUAUUAUCCAGCGGAUGAUUCGCAUAUAUGAGCCUGCCAUGCUAGUUGUUGGAACUCGUGGUCGCAACUUGAAAGGCGUUCACAGUCUACUUCCCGGAUCCGUGUCUAAAUACUGUCUUCAGCAAUCACCAAUUCCGGUUAUUGUUGUGCGUCCAUCGCCGAAGCGCGAGAAGAAAAAGAAGAAGCGCCGUGCAGACCCCACCCGACGAAGCUAUAACCAUAUCCUGGAGAUGAGCGAGCAGCGAGGCGGCCGGAUAUUUGACACCAGUUCUAGUGCUGAGAGUAGUGGCUCGAAGCUGCCUGACGAGGAGGCUGCUGUCGCUGAGGCGCUCGGGCUGCCUGCAACUUAUUCACAUGAGAAUUCACGGAGCUCUUUGUCUGUCUCAGACCGUAGCAGUCUGAGCCAUGAUGAACCUGAAACGUCUCCUGUUCCAUAUUCCCUCGAUUCUGUCAUGAUGAAGAGCCCGAUGAACGGGAGUCCCGCCAGCUCGGAGGAAAGCGUUGUUACGACUGAGGAGACGAAGAGAUCGUCCUCACCUUAUCCAAGAGGUGAAACACCUUCUCCCACUCCUGAUCAGGAGCAGAGCUCGUCAGAUGAGACCCCAUCAACAGAGCCGGAGAAGGAGUUCUCAAGAGCCGAAACUGGUGAAUCGCCAGAGUUUAACCCUCGAGUUUCAAUUCCCAUCAUUCAAGUUUCCGACAACCAUGAGAAAAGUCCACCACCAUCCACCGAGUAA